UCAAUCUUCACUAUUGUCAAUGAAUAAUUGUUUGUUUCCAUUUAGCAUUCUAUUGUUGCAUUUUGACAGACCCAGAAUUAUUUGCCCACUUCUCUGUUAUCCUUUAUCAAGGAUUAGUUAAGUGGUUAUUAGGAGAAAAGAGGGAAAAUUUUAACACAAUACGAGGAAGAGCAUCGCAUUGUGGUGGAGAAUUUGUGGUUUAUAUUUUUAUGCGUUACAGGCAUUGAAGGAAACCAAGAUCCAGAUUGUUUGGCGGAAUGGUUGCUCCUUUACUUGCGCUUGAUGUGCACAUGCAGCUUCCAUUUAGCCGCCCAGACCCAAAAAUUUAGUCAAAUUUGGGCCUUUCAUGAUUAUUAGAAAUACUAACACCAGUCGCCGAAACAAGGAGGUUUGUUUGUCAUAUGGUCUUUGUAGCAAGUUUCAGAGUGUUGGCAUUUGAAGAUGCAGUUGGCAUGGCAACAAGUUACAACCUUAUAGAUAACAACAUCUACAGGGAUCUCUACCAGCCCGCAGUCAUCAUUGCAGGAUGUUUUGUCUUCCUAUCUUUGGUCCUCUCCUUCCAUUUAAUUUUCCAACAUCUCAGAUCAUACACUAAUCCAGCGGAGCAAAAAUGGAUUGUUGCAGUUCUGCUCAUGGUACCUAUCUAUGCUAGCGAAUCUAUUUUGUCCUUGUGGAACCCAAGCUUGUCCUUGGCGUGCGAUAUUUUAAGAAACUGUUACGAAGCAUUUGCCUUGUAUUCUUUUGGGAGUUAUCUCAUUGCCUGCCUCGGUGGUGAAAGAAGAGUAAUAGAACUACUUGAAGAUGAAUCAAGAAAACUGCUCAGCAAACCAUUAUUAGAAGAGGAAGGUGAGAAAUCAAAUUUGCACACGAGAGCAUGUGGCAAUUUCUUCCUCCAACCAAGCGUGCUUGGAAAAGAUUUGCUUACAAUAGAAAAAUUUGGUCUCGUACAAUAUAUGAUUUUGAAGAUUGUUUGUGCUUUCUUGGCAUUCUUGUUGGAGCUUUUUGGUGUAUAUGGCGACGGGGAGUUCAAGUGGUACUACGGGUAUCCUUACAUGGCAGUGGUUCUAAACUUUAGCCAGAUGUGGGCUUUGUAUUGUCUAGUGCAGUUUUAUAAUGUUACUCAUGAGAGGCUUCAGCCAAUAAAGCCCCUUGCAAAAUUUAUCAGCUUCAAGGCCAUUGUCUUUGCUACUUGGUGGCAAGGUGUGGGUAUAGCUUUAUUGUGUGCUCUUGGAGUCUUGCCCAGUGAAGGAAAACUACAGACUGGAUUGCAGGAUUUUUUGAUCUGCAUAGAAAUGGCUAUUGCAGCUGUAGCUCACGUGUUUGUCUUCUCGGCAAAACCUUAUCAUUUCUUGCCUGCUCCGGACUAUGGCAAGAUCACUACCCAAACAACCAAAGAAAGCCUGAGGUUGGAAGAGGGCGACAAGCUGGAAAAACUGGCUGUGCUUGGAAGGACAGACACCGAAGCUGAAGCUGCCGGAACGAGUGUGAAAGAAAGCAUUCAGGACAUUGUUGUUGAAGGCGGUCAACAUGUGGUCAAGGAUGUUGUGUUGACGAUAAAUCAGGCCAUCGAGCCUGUGGGGAAGGGUGUGAGCAAGAUCCAGGAGAGUUUCCACCAGAGAACAUCAGUAGCUCCGAAUGCCAAGAAAGACGAGCCCGACGUCCAAGUUGAGGAGCAUGUUGAACAAAUUCUCUACAGAGAAGGUUCCCAUCAUUUCAGUUCUGAAGAAACGCUAAUUAAUUAGCGCCGCUGGCUGGCUGGCUCUUGUCAGUGUAGUCACCACGAGAGCAGAGCUGAAAAGAAGAAGAAACAGGCGAUGAGACGCUGCAUGCAGUUGGGAGUUUUGAAGCUUGGAAUAUAUUCAAUCUACUGAUUUUGCAAUAUUUUCUUUUUAAUUAGAUGAGUGUGAAUAAUUUGCACUUGUGGUAUGAAACAGUUUGGUUUGAGAUGGGACUCUGUUCAAUUGUUAAAUCUGUGGAAAGGGUGAACAUAUAUUUUAGAUUCGAUCAAUUAAUUUUUAAA